AUGGCGCCCGCAAAUCCGUCUUCUAAUCCCUUAAAUGCCUCUUCCCUCUCGAGGUAUAUGGCGGCAAGCCUACCUCCCCAGGCAUCACCACAGCUAAAGGGGCCUGUCGAUGCCAUAGCGCUUGCCGUACAUGCGGCGAUGAUCGCGGUGGGAUUCCGGCUGCUUGGCCUUGGGGAGGACCACCAGAUUGAAGCAUCUUCGGACUCACAGGAAACACAGCCGCUUCCAGAGCAAUGGAACGCGUCAUCCGCGCAUGCCUUCAGAUAUGCCCACCCGCAGUCGUCCUUGGAAUUCCUCAUCAAGGUCAACCGAAUAGGUAGUAAAGUCGUCAUUCUGGGACUGGCUGUUGAAGACGAGAAAGUCUGCCAAUUUGACGUCAAUAUGAAGGACUUCGUCUCCGAGUCAUCACUUCCUUCGUCUCCGCUUCCAACCGGCCCAGAGGCGCCAGAGAACAAGGAGGAGCGGAUCAAGACAGCACAAGACAUUCUCAAAGGCAUAUUCAUCACUCCUGCUCGCCUCCAGGAUCUAGCCACGGAGUUUAAAGCGUCCAUAAUUCAAAAACUGGCUCCUGGAAUCCAUAAGGAAGGUUACGAGGAGGCCCCCAUAACCUCAACUGGACGGCGAGACAGGCCUCAGCAAGAUCCGGACGAGCCACAACCAGCUCGGCCGUACCCGUUCCACGACCCUCUAGCCGUACCUCCACGCCACCCACGAGGACCCCUACCCGAACCCAUUCCAGGCUUUGAAGACGAGCACGAAAUCAACCGGCCGCCACGAUUCGGCCCCGCAAAUCCCAUGGGUCCAUUUGGGGGUCUUGGUGAGCGCGACCUCCACCCACCUGGACUCGGACCCCAUGAUCCGUUACGGCCAUAUCUCGGCGGCCCAGCAGGCGGUGGGAUGCAUCCGACAUUUGACGAUCCGCUAUUCAGAGGUCAAGGAGACAGGCAGGGGUAUGACCCUCAAGUUCCGCCUGGCUCACGAUAUGAUCCCGUAGGACCUGGUGAGGAGCCGAGAGGGCGUGACGCAGGCGGUAGGUUUCCAGGCGGUGGGAGGUUCGGUGGAACGGGUGGACGUCCGCCAAAUCCGUUCGGUGGCUUUGGGGACGGCGACUUUAUCUGA